CCCGGAAGAGGUUGUGCUUUCAGUCAACACGAUGAUCAUGAUCCCAUAAGACUCGGAUGGAAUGUGUUGAUACUUGAAAGAAUGGCCCGUGAAACAGUGGAGACAAGAAAUGAAAGUGGGUUCCAACAGCUUGUAGACAUGUACAACCUGCAGAAACACCCUGAGGGAGGCUGGUACGGAGAGACCUUCAGGUCGUCUGUUCGUUUUCAGACUACAGAGGAUAAAAAAGACGGUACUGAGCACACCGCCGCCACAGUCUGUUACUACCUGCUGCCGGAAGAUGUACGCUCCACCUGGCGCAAACUGACGUCAGACGAAAUAUGGCUGUACCAAGAUGGCGGCUGUCUCAAGAUUCAUAUGAUUGACGCAAAUGGUAUCUACUCCUCCGCUAUCCUGGGGAGCACCCUUGAGCACAGAGAGGCCAAGUAUGAAGUCCUCGUGCCCGCCGGAGUUUGGGGGGCAGCAGAAGUACUACAAGGUGGAGAGUUCACGCUCAUAAGCUGUGUUGUUGCACCAGGUUUUGACUGGAAAUGUUUGGAGCUCGGCGAGGAAGAAGAGCUGAUGACGUCCUUUCCUCAUUUAUCUAGCAUCAUUAAAUCGUUUUGCAAACAUUAGCUGAUAUAACGUUAAGCUGUAUUUCUAAAUAGCAUAAGUGAGGGUUUCAGUUUAUGACCACUUGAUGUGGAAAAUUCGAUAUAAUUGUUCCUUUAUCAUAAUAAUAAAAGUAAGAUUUUUUUUUACAUUUUAGUAUCUUUUACCUCAUAUGGAGUUACAGUUGAUUUUAAGAUUUUAAGUACAUUAAUAAAUCUGACACGUAUCUUUCUUAAUUUACGUUUAUCAUUUUAGAUUUAUGAGCUUGUCGAGGUCUACAUUUAAGGAUAUCUUAAGUUUUAUGCUUCGUAUGAAAUCUGCCACCGUGCCUUUU